GGUCAAGAAGUGUAUAUUCUUAUCACAAAAUGCUUCAAAUUAAAAUUCACCAUCACUACACAGACCAAUUGAUUCCAUUAAGAAAAAACAAAAACCCGCUCCAAUUACUUCCGUACAACAUGAAGAGGCUUUUUUGUUUAAGUUCACGCACGCAAAGUGUUUGUGAAAAUGCCUUGAAGAAGUACCACUACUUUUUUACCACCUUUUCUUCAUCAUCAUCAUCAUCAACUGUAUUACCCAAUUCACAAACAUCAUCUCCAGUAAUUAAUACCACUGCAACAGAAAAUAACAAGAAGAAACGAGUAUUUGAAAAUGAAGCAUCAACAUUAUACAAAAGAAUAUCGCCAGUGGGUGAUCCCAACAUUUCCAUUAUACCAAUUCUGGAUCAAUGGGUUCAGCAAGGAAACAAAGUGGAGCAGCAUUCUCUUAAUCGUAUCAUUACUACCCUCUCCAAAUACAGAAGAUUCAAACAUGCCCUUGAGAUAUCAGUGUGGAUGGCUGAUAAACGAUAUAUACCCCCUACAAAGGGUGACAUUAUGAGCAGGCUGCAUUUGAUUUAUAAAGUUUAUGGUUUAGGGAAAGCUGAGGAAUUCUACAAUAACAUCUCACAGAAGUUUAAAUGUUAUGGGGUUGAUACCACCCUUCUUAACAUCUAUUCUCUUGAAAAAUCAGCCGAUAAAGCUGAGGCCUUGAUGCAGAAGUUACGUGAAACAGGGUGUCUGAAGACUCCUUUGCCCUUCACUAUCAUGUUGAAUCUUUACUACAAUUUUAGAAACUGGGAAAGGAUGGAUGAAUUGACUAAUGAGAUGGAAAAGAUGGGUCUUUAUCGAGACAAGUUUGCAUUUACCCCUCAGCUAUGUGCUUAUGCCGCUAAUGGUAAUAUCCAGGGAUUUAAUAAGACCUUGGAGAUAAUUGAAGCAGAUCCCCGUGUUGAGAUGGACUGUAGCAGGUAUCUUAUGGUAGCAGAUGCACUUUCAAAAGCGGGAUUGGCUGAGAAAUGUUUUGAAUUACUAAAAAAGGUAGAAAAAAUGGCCAUUAAGACAACAAAGGGUAGAUACAAUACACUUAAUUCCGUGCUUAGAUUGUACGCAGAUAUAGGAGAGAAAGAUGAAGUGCAUAGGAUUUGGAAGAUUUUAGGGAAUGAUAAGAUAUAUAAUACGGGAUAUAGAAACAUGAUUAGCUCAUUGUUGAAAUUUGAUGACUUUGAAGGUGCUGAGAGGAUUUUUAAAGAAUGGGAAGCAAAAGAUUUGUCUUGUGAUAUACGGAUACCAAAUAUUAUGAUUGAUGUUUAUGCUAAAUUGGGCAACUUGGAGAAGGCUGAAUAUUUUUUGAACUGUGGAAUUGCGAAAGGGGGCUCUCCUAGUUUUUAUACAUGGUAUCGUCUAAUGAUCGGAUAUUUUGAGGAUGAUCAGAUUCCUAAAGGCGUCGAAGCGUUGAAGAAUGCAACAUUGGCUCAUCAAUUCUCGCCUUCUGAGGAACUCCUUCAGGACAAGUUAGUGAUACUUUUGAAGUACUUGGAAAGACGGCUAAAUGUAGAAGAAUUAGAAGGAUUUCUGAAUGUAUUUGAGUUGGAAGGUAUCUUCUCGUCAACUGUGUGCGGAAGAUUGCUUAAUUUCAUCGCAAUCGAGACUUUGGAAACUUAAACCGCUAGAUCUCCGAAGGGAUAAAAGCUCGACUCAGUUAGGCAUUGUAGUUUGCCUCCUGCUAGAAAGAAAGAAAAAAAAAACACUUCCGAGUAUAAAAUAAGGAAUCGACGAUGGUAUCUCAAUUUCUUUGAAGAUCAAGCAAAGCUAAUGUGGACCUUAAUUUAAUUUGUAUUUCAUGCGUAAAAGGGAAUCUAACUUUUAUGAUAAAUUUUAAUCUCAGUUAUUAAAAGUUUGUUGUUUUUGAUUAAA